AUGGGCAAGCGCAAGCCGUUCGGUCGCAAGGGAGGCAAGGGCCCCAACGUGUGGAAGAAGCCACGCACGGACGACGGCAGCAAGGUGGACGACCGCGAGGCUGGCUUUGGCGAGUGGGUCUACCGCAACGAGUCCUUCGAGGCCUACUACAAGGCGCAAAACAUCGUGGUCGACGCCGAGUGGGACGCGUUCCUCAAGCACUUGGCGGCGCCGCUGCCGACGACGUUCCGCAUCAACAACUCGUGCGCCUACGCCGACAAGAUCCAAGAGCGUAUCGCGACCGACUUCAAGUUUGAAGACUUGGUCAUUGACGGCGAGAAGGUCGACCCGAUCGGCCAAAUGCCGUGGUACCCGGACGGGAAGGGCUUCCAGUGGACUGUCGAGCGCCGCAAGAUCAAGAAGCUCGAGAUCCUCAGCGAGUUUCAAAAGUGGCUCGUCAACCUCUCGGACGCCGGCGACAUUACGCGCCAAGAGGCCGUGAGCAUGAUCCCACCGCUCGUGCUUGGCGUCGAGUCGCACCACAAGGUGCUCGACAUGUGCGCAGCGCCCGGGUCCAAGACGUCGCAGCUCCUCGAGUCGCUUCAUGCGGACGAAAGCAAGACGGGGAAGCUCCCGACGGGCCUCGUCGUCGCCAACGACAUUGACAUCAAGCGCGCUUACAUGCUCGUGCACCAGACCAAGCGUGUGGGGUCGCCGGCGCUCGUCAUCACGUGCCACGAAGCGCAGAAGUUUCCGCUCUUGGGCAGCGACGACAACAAGCAGGGCUUCUUUGACCGAAUUCUGUGUGACGCACCGUGCAGCGGCGACGGCACGAUGCGCAAGAACCCGCUCAUCUGGCAAAAGUGGAACGUCAAGAACGGCCUCUCGCUGCACCCGCUCCAGCUCUCGAUCGUCAAGCACGGCGCGUCGUUGCUCAAGGUCGGCGGCCGCAUGUGCUACUCGACGUGCACGUUCAACCCGAUUGAGAACGAAGCGAUCGUCGCCGAGCUCCUCCGUUGGUCCAACGGCGCGUUGAAGCUCGCCGACGUCUCGGAGGUCCUUCCGCGUCUCAAGCGUCGCCCCGGUAUUUCGUCCUGGACGGUCAUGAACCAUGAGAUGGCCGUCAUCGCCUCGUACGACGAGGAGGCCGAAGCCAAGCGCGGCCAGUACAAGAAACUGCUGCCGUCCAUGUUCCCGCCGACCCAGGCCGAAGCCGACGCCUUCAACCUCGACCGCUGCAUGCGCUGCUUGCCGCACGACGAGAACACGGGUGGUUUCUUCAUCUGCUUGCUCGAGAAGGUGGCGCCGACGCCGGAAGCGCCUGUCGCGCCGGUCGCUGAGCCCAAGGCGCCGGCCAACCCGAACAAGAAGAGCAAGCCACUGCCCAAGGGUGAAGAGUACUUGACGUUCAACGAGGUCGACGAGGUCAAAAAGUGCUUUGAGAUGACGUCGGGCUUUGAAGCCUCGCAGCUCUUUACGCGCUCGGACACGGGCAAGUCGGUGACGUUUGUGACAUCGUCUGUCUCGAAGGAGCUCCUCCCGGCCAUGCAGGCGCUCAACAUGAAGGUCGUCUACGCCGGCAUCAAGAUGUUUGAGCGCCACGACCUUGGCACGGGCACCGGCAUGUACCGCCUCACGCAGGCCGGCACGCACAUUGCCAAGCCGUUCAUGCAGGCGCGCAAGAUUGAGGUCCACAACCGCGACUUCCAGUACAUGCUCGAACGUCGCGGCGACUUGCUUCAAUUCGACGUCUUCUCCGAGGCGCUCGGCGCGUUCUUCAAGGGCGCAGCGCUCGGCAGCUACGUCUGCACGCUCAAGCGCGACGACGGCAAGCCGCUCUCGACGACCGAGGACCAGCUGCUCAACCUUGUGGUGUGGCGCGGCCGCAACACGGUCAAUAUCAUGGCCGCCAAGCCCGACGGCCUCGCGCUCACGACGACGCUCAAGGCGCUGGGUCUCUACGACGACGCGCUCGCGGCCGAAGUCGCGGCGCUCAAGGCCCCCACCGAGGCCAAGGAACCGGCGGCGGUCGAGACGACCGAGGCGCCUGCAGAGACGACGGUCGACGUCGUAGCCUAAGCAAGUGUAGAAGGAAGGAUACAAAAACUAAGUAAACGACACCCUUUGUAUGACAAGAGC